AUAGCUGUAACGAGAAAGUAGCUCGCCUCUGCACUCCUCCUUGGCGGCUCAGAUUCCAAUCUUCCUGCUUUUGCUCAACCCCAGCAUCCAAAAACCCUAAUUCGGGAGAGAUAGAGACAGAGAGAUGGAGUUUUCUCUGGGAAAAAACCACAAACACCAGGAGUUCAUCUGCAAGUCCGUCUCUGUAUCUCCCUGUUCUACCGCGUCAUCUCUCUCUUCUUCCGCAUCUUCCGUUGAUUCCGGACCGUUCAUCGCUCGUUUCAACCCCGAUUCCCGAGUUCUGCACCUGUGGUUCGAUCGCGAACCUGAGUCUGGCGCUGCCAACACUGUCGACGUCGAUCUUCAAAAUGCUCAGCUUUUCAAAUUGAGCCCCACUGAGUCAAUGUGCAUAAGUGAAGGUUCAACCAAUAAGACGGACGAGAAGUCCUAUUCAAGGGCAAUAUCCAUUGGGUUUAGAACGGAGGAUGAAGGCAAAUCUUUUCAUUAUGCAUUUGAACAUUGGAAGAAAGACAUGAUCGGUUUAGGGACUGGAUCUCGAUUGGAAAAUGGAUCUGUUUCAGUUAAAAGCAAGUUUGAUGAUAAAAUAGAGGCCGCUUCAGCUAAAAUGUACUUCCAUUAUUAUGGGCAGCUUCUACAUCAGCAAAAUAUGUUACAGGAUUAUGUGAGGACAGGAACCUAUUAUGCUGCAGUUAUUGAGAACCGUGCAGAUUUCCAUGGUCGUGUGGUGGUUGAUGUUGGUGCUGGUAGUGGUAUUCUUUCAUUAUUUGCUGCUCAGGCUGGUGCUAAACAUGUUUAUGCGGUGGAGGCAUCUGAAAUGGCAGAAUAUGCACGCAGGCUUAUUGCUGGGAAUCCAUCAUUGAGAGAACGAAUUACGGUGAUCAAAGGUAAAGUUGAGGAUGUUGAAUUGCCUGAGAAAGCAGACAUUCUGAUCUCUGAACCAAUGGGCACCUUGUUAGUCAACGAAAGAAUGCUGGAGACAUAUGUGAUUGCAAGAGAUCGAUUCCUCAUUCCUAAUGGAAAAAUGUUCCCUACAACUGGAAGGAUACACAUGGCACCAUUCAGUGAUGAGUUUCUGUAUGUUGAAAUUGCCAACAAGGCCCUCUUUUGGCAGCAACAAAAUUAUUAUGGGGUUGAUCUCACUCCCUUGUAUGGAUCUGCUUUUCAAGGAUACUUUGGUCAGCCUGUGGUUGAUGCUUUUGAUCCGAGGUUGUUGGUUGCUCCAGCUAUAUUCCACACAUUAGACUUUACUUGUAUGAAGGAAGAGGAGUUAUAUGAAUUCGAUAUCCCAUUGAGUUUCAUAGCCUCCGUUGGCACUAGGGUGCAUGGGCUGGCCUGUUGGUUUGAUGUAUUGUUCGAUGGGAGUACUGUUCAACGUUGGCUUACCACUGCUCCUGGCGCACCCACAACCCACUGGUACCAACUACGUUGUGUUCUGUCUCAGCCGCUAUAUGUCAUGGCUGGACAAGAAAUCACUGGACGACUUCACAUGGUUGCCCACAAUGCUCAGAGCUAUACAAUGUACCUAACUAUGUCAGCCAAAAUGUGGGGUGCUGGUGCUGAACAAGGAGGAAUACUUCAGACAUCGUCGGGUAAACUAGAUCUCAAAGAACCAUACUAUCGAAUGUCUCAACCGCAGGCAUAUGCAUGGGCUCAAGAUCAGCAGCCACAUCAGCAGCUACUACAGUCACAGGUGGACGCUUUGAAAGCAACCAAAACACAGGAGGAAAUCCCCCUUCAAUCUCAGGAUGUUGCUGGGCCAGGCUUAAUACAAUUGCCUUCGCAGAAUACAGGGGCUCAUAUGAAUCGAUAGCAGAAAAAAUUAUCUCAAUUCCUCAACUAGGUGUGGUGCUUUCCAGUGUACUGCAGCAAUCACAUGUUUGUAACAUAAUACGCGUCCCUCCCAAAUGUGGGUAUUGCAUUACUCUGUUUCCUUUAAUCUUCCCCAGAAGGUUCCCGUCCCUUGUAUAUCUAAAAUGAGUUAACUAUUAUAUUGCUGGACGGGAAUUCGAGGGGGAAGGUUGUAUCUCCGCCAUUGUCACCAUGAUUAAACCUACUAAGUCAUUAAUCAAAAUGCAUUGUGCUCGGUCA